GACGACGUGUUGUCAGCUCGACCUCGUCAAACAAGGUGGAGCUAGCGCUAGUGACGACGUGACGUUAGCGCUAGUGACGACGUGACGUUACCGUUCCCUCCCAGGGCGGACACUUUACAGCUGGUAUAUAUAGCAGGAGUUGAACUGAGAAAAGUAUCAAUAUCCCACAGUUCACUUUUCUUCAUAGUUUUAAAUACAACUUUUUGACCGUACUGUUUAACAUGUUGCUUGUUGUUGCCUGCCUAUUCGUUAGCGCUACCGCUCUGGAGGACAUCAUGCCUGUUAUUCUCGAAGGACCAACCAAUUUGACGAGAGGCAUCGGAGAAACUGCUAUUUUUCUCUGCAAAGGAGAAGGCAACCCCACUCCCAACGUUAUGAUCGUGAAAGAGGACACUAUAUCUGACUUCAACAUGUUCAACGUUGGUGGAUCGGGUUUUAGGUCUCUGGAAAGCAAAGUGAGUGUUGAAAGGACCCUUCAGAAUGUGGCCCGUACUGAUGCCGGAUGGUAUGUCUGCAUCGUAUCCAACCAACACGGAGUUACCUUCAGCAGAGCUUACUUGGACGUUAAGGAGGACCUGUGCAGAGGAGUGAGGUGCCCUAAGAGGAAGUUCUGUUCUGCCAACUACCAGACUCUCACCACAGAAUGCAGGUGCAAACCUUGUGAAGACUCAACCUACAGACCUAUCUGCGCUUCUGACUGUCAGACUUACUUCAACACCUGCCACAUGAAGACUCACAGUUGUGAGAACAACAUCCAGCUGACAUUAGUUAACAAGGGAGAAUGCAGGAUCGACCCACUGGAACUAACUGUACCUGCCACCAGGAUUGAGCUGUACAAAGGAGACAGCCUGUCUCUGACUGUUUCCCACACUGGUAGUCCUAAACCUACAUCUCUUAAAUGGGUUAAAAUGAGGAAGAACGGCAAACAGAAGAUGGUCAGUGAAGACAGCGAACAUUUUGUACAGAGUGUAACGGAAAAAGAUGCUGGAGUCUACAAGUCUAUCGCUCUCCAAUGUAACAACAAGGUUGUUUCCAAGGACGUCGAGGUUGUUGUUAUUCCCAAAGAAGAAGAUAAUUUCGUUGAUAGCCCUAAAGCAAAUGUCUGCAAAGUUUUCGGAGAUCCCCACGUACAGACAUUUGAUGGAAGGACCUAUGAUUUUAUGGGAGCGUGCGACUACGUCUUAGCAAUGGAUGCCAUUGCACAAUCUUGGAUGAUUGUUGGUCGAUUCAUGCCAUGUGGAAACGGAGUAACCUGUUUGGAGCAGAUCACACUUCAUCACGACAGGAGCAAGGCCCCCCUGAUCAUCACCAGAGGUUGGAUAGUCGCACAGAACGGAGAGAAGUUCCGUCUCAAGAAGAACAAGCCAGUUGAAAUAGACGACCUGCUCGUGAGCUACACCGGAUUGACGAUAGAGCUGAGCAGCAUGGUUCACGGGAUAAAACUGCAGUUUGACGGGUUCUGGGGAGUCCAAAUCAUCGCCAGCCCUGGAGUAGCCACCAUGGGACUGUGCGGUAACAACAACGGAGAGCCUGGAGAUGACAUGUUUAGAGGAAGGUUCGGAAUCACAGGAGACGAUAUCAACAAGUUUGGUGUAAGCUGGGGCUACAGAUACAACUGGUGUAAAGUAGAGGAACCUGUCGGAGAGGUUACCUGCGACAACCAAGCUGAGGUGGAGGAGACUUGCGAUAAUAUUCUACAGUCAGAAGCUUUCUCGGAAUGUGAAACUCUUAUCGGCACUAAGUUCUACAGGGACUCCUGCAUCGUAGACGGAUGUGCUGCUAAAGUGGAACGAUAUGAGGGGAAUACUCUCUGUGCCUACGCUAACUCUCUUGCCCAACACUGUCAGGUUGCUGGAUUCAAAGUCCCGAGGAACUUCCUCCAGCAGAUUGGUUGUGGAUCUAAACGAGAGUUCCAGGAGGCUGUUUAUAAUUCAGGAUGUCCCCUCCAAGGUGAUCCUCCCUUCCUUGAUACUGAAUAGACUAUUCUAAUUCUUAGACACUGACACAGUGGAUUUAGGCACUGAAGUUUUUUUAUAAAAAACUAAUUUAUUUUAAAGAUUUAAAGAUUUUUUACUGUAAAUUUGUAUUUGAAAGUAUCGUUUCGUCAUAACGUAUUUUAAACGAUUUUUAUAUUUGAUGUAUGACUUUGUAACAUUGUUUGGUUUUGUUAUUUGAUUAUUGAUUUUAAUGUUAUAAAAAAGAAUACUUCUUAAUUGUUGUUCUACAUUCCCGAAAGAGAGUGAUCAACUAACUAGCAGGAGCAUGUUAAUCACAAUUGAAAUUAGUGAGCAAACGAUUCGUACAACAAAUAUCGGGUCAUAUUAUAGAGAAUAUAAUUUUAUUGACGGUAUUCGGGUUAAUACUAAUAUCUAAUUUAUUAUUCCCGGACGGCUCCAGCUAAACUCACACUAAUCUCACGAAGCAUUUUCCACAGUUUUCCGCACCUCAACUUCACACCAAUUUUAUAACACCUCCCUCACAAAUUCAUUCCACUAGACUUUCAAAGUAGCAACCUUCACUUAUCACCAUCCUAACACUACCCUAGCGACAACCAAUCACAUAUCAGAAACACAAAUCACGUGACACUUGAUUAACCCUCCAUAGCCGUCCGUGGUCUCACCUCUAAUCAGUUCUUAGUAUAAAUUUCUCAUACGCAAUGAUUUUGUAAUUAAGAGUCUUUAAUUUACAGUUUUCCUGACUUAAGACUUUUCGAGUCACCUAC